AUGUGUGGAUAUACCGUCGUUAAAAACUUUGUUUGUAAAACAGAGAGCCCGCAGCCCCCAGGACCAAAAGGAUGGCCAAUAGUAGGGGUGGUGUUUGAGGUUGAUAUUUCAAAGCUUCACCUUAAACUUUACGAAUGGGCCCAAAUGUACGGCGAUAUUUUCCAAUUUCAUUUAUUAGGCGAAAAAUUUGUCGUGAUAAAUUCAAUAGAUAUCCUUAGAGACUUGUUUCUGAAGGAACCAAAUGCCACCAUUACUGCAGAUCGUCCAUUAACGUUUACCGGUAAAUAUGCUUUCGAUGAUUAUGCGGAUGUAGGAUUUUCAUCACCAAGUGUACUUUGCACAAAACGUAGGAAACUUGCGUUUCAACUUCUACAUACGUAUGGAAAGGGACUAACUUGCUUGGAAAGUCAAAUAUUAAAAAAUCUACAGACAUUUAAAGAUGAUAUUCGGUCUUUAUCUGGGAAGAAUAUUUUCCCCGUCGACUUCGUCGAUGACUUUAUUUUCAACACCGUUGAAGUUUUGAUAAUUGGUCGCAGUCUUGGAAAAGAAGGCCCCCUGCGCAAUCUUCUUAUAAAACAGAAUGAUUUGCUGAACGAGGUUGCCAACCCAGGAACAGAUUCAAUCUACAUUGUGUUUCCUUUUCUACGAUUUUUGCCUUUGCCUGGAUCAUUGGCUUUGCGAGAACUUAAAAAAUCCCAAAGUUGUUUGUUGGAUUUAUUAGACACGUUAUCGAAAGAAGAAUGCGAAGAAAAGGGAAUAUAUCAUACUAUGAAGGAAAUAAUGGAAGAAGAAGACAAGAGCGGGAAACCCUGGUUCACAGAAGUAAAUCUGGCAGCAUUAUUACUGAAUCUUGAUACAGCCAGUUUCCUGACAACUAGGGGAACACUAUUGUCAGUAGUACAUAUACUUGCUAAGAGACCAGAACUUCAGAAAACACUACAAAAAGAAGUGGACGAUGUCAUAGGAACCGAUCGGGAACCUAGACUGUCUGACAGAGAGAAUUGUCCUACGCUCGAGGCCGUUAUCUUGGAAACUUUGCGAUACAUUUCUCACUUACCAGUCUUCCUUUUUCACUCAAGCUCCGAUUCUUUGACAAUUGGUGAUUAUACAAUAGAUAAAAAGACAGUGAUUAUUCCAAAUGGAUGGACAAUACACCACAGUGAAAAAUACUGGGAGGAUCCUUUCACCUUUAGACACGAACGAUUUCUAGACAGCGAAGGUCAAUUACUGGCCGCUACUCAUCCUAUCAGGAAGAGUAUGCUGGAGUACCUUCUUUUUGUUUUAAUCUUAAUUUUGUGUGGAGUCAUCGUCAUCAGAAGCUCUAUUAAGAAUACUGAUGGACAGCCGCCAGGACCAAAUGGAUGGCCUUUAGUAGGAAUAGUGUUUGACGUUGAGAUUCCAAAAUUACAUUUAAAACUAUAUGAAUGGACACAAAAGUAUGGUGAUGUUUUCCAAUUUAAAAUAUUAAACAAGAAUUUUCUCUGUAUAAAUUCAGAAAGGAUAAGGAACAUUGAUGAGGAGAACGUAGAUCCAGUAGAUAUGGUCGAUGAGUUUAUUUUCAAUUCAAUUGAAGUGCUAUUAAUUGGACGCAGUUUUGGUAAGGAGGGUCACUUGCAGCAACUUUUAAAGAAACAAAAUAACCUAGCAAAUCAACUCGCCAUUCCAGGGAUCGAUUCAUUGUAUGGAAUAUUUCCUUUUCUGCGAUUUCUGCCUCUCCCAAUGUCUCUUGCAAUUCGAGAACUUCAGAGGACACAACAAUGUAUUUUGGAUCUGUUAGAAAAACUAUCGAAAGAAGAAUGCAAAGAAAAGGGAAUGUACCACACUAUGAAAGAGGUCAUGAAAGAAGAAGACGAGAAUGGGGAGAGAUGGUUUACGAAAGAGAACUUGGAGGCAUUGAUUUUGAACCUUGUUGCUGCCAGUUAUCUUACUACAAGAGGUACACUUCUGUCAAUGCUACAUAUUCUAGCUAAAAGACCCGACCUACAGCAAGCUCUCCAAAACGAAGUAGACAUUGUGAUCGGGUUUGACCGGGAGCCAAGGCUCGCUGACAGAGAAAAAUGUCCAAUGAUUGAGGCCGUAGUCUUAGAGACAUUGCGGUACAUUUCUCACCUUCCUCUACUAUUACCCCACUCAUGCUCACAAUCAACCACAAUUGGUGGAUACAACAUACAGAAAAACAAUGUAAUUUUUGCAAACAGUUGGACAUUACAUCACAGUGAAAGAUAUUGGAAAGAACCAUUUUGUUUCGUACCUGAGCGCUUUUUGGAUUCUGAUGGUCAAUUGUUACCUGCCUUUCACCCAGUCAGGAAGAGGCUUGCAGUGUUUGGAUUUGGAAAGAGGAGUUGUAUAGGAGAAGUAUUUGCAAAAUCCCGUAUUUUCCUCUUUUUAUCUACUCUGUUACAAACAACAACGAUUGCAGAACCUAAAGACAAGGCCUUACUUGAUUUUGACCCCAAACAAAUGAUCACUGGAUUAGUUCUGCAACCCAAAUCCUUCGAAGUGCGGUUUUUAUUGCGAUCAAAAUCGAAUGUGUCCAGCUGA